AGCCCAAAAACACACACAACACGCGCGCGCGCGCACCAGUUUACCAGCCCCUGUGAAAAGUUUGUGAAAGUGGCCUGACGUCACACUCCCACAAUGCUCGCGCGCCCCAUAACUCUGCUGCUGCAGCCUGAGGAGCGCGAGACACUCAGGCCCCGAAAAAAGAAAAAUUAGAGAAAAAAAUUGGAAAAAAUAAUAAAACAACAGAUCAAGAGGAGAAAGACCGGGGACGGUGGCGUGGGGCUCCCACGGGUGAAGAUAAUGAUGAGCAGUACUGUCACCCACUGGGCCCCAGUCAUGGAAGGUGGAACUGGAUGAGAGCGUGAAGGUAAACGAAAAAGACAUGAAAAGAACUUAACUUAAGUUUUCAGCGCAUGCAAAAAAAGGAUAGCAGAAAGUUUUGGAGCCGGCAUCCCCUUAAACGUCGCCGCGAUAUCGAACCAGAGCCUGGAAGUCAAGGCAGCCACGGCCGAGUUUCAAUGGCAACGGCACCCUAGGGCUGCCAUGGCAGCAGCUGCCGCCGAUGCCUCACACCAUAUUGCAACACUGACGCUGGAGGACGAGGAACGACGAGGCGCCACCAAAGUGUUUGGAGGUCCCGCUGCAGGGAGAACAGAAAGAGAGACAGAGAACGAGAAAGAGAGGGAGAGGGAAGGGAGAGGCAGUGGGAACGAGUGUUUGGUGUGCGGUGCCCUCUUCAGCUCACAGGACAAGCUCCGGCUCCACGCGUUCUGUCACACAGGAGAGAAACCUUUCCACUGUUCCCAGCCCCAUUGCCCUAAGGCUUUCAGCUCCAAAUAUAAGCUCUUUAGGCAUAUGGCCACACACUCCCCGCAGAAGACUCAUCAGUGCUCAUUCUGUGAAAAGAUGUUUCACCGCAAAGAUCACCUGAAAAACCAUCUGCAAACUCACGACCCCAACAAAGAGGCCUUUAAGUGCGAGGAGUGUGGCAAACACUAUAACACAAAGCUGGGCUAUAAGCGCCACAUGGCCAUGCACUCAGCCACAGCCGGUGAUCUUACCUGUAAGGUGUGCUUGCAAAGCUACGAGAGCACGCCUGCACUCUUGGAGCACCUCAAGAGCCACUCAGGCAAGUCUUCAGGUGGUGCCAAGGAGAAGAAACACCCCUGUGACCACUGUGAUCGUCGUUUUUACACAAGAAAGGAUGUUCGCCGACACAUGGUGGUUCACACAGGACGCAAAGACUUCCUGUGCCAGUACUGUGCCCAACGUUUCGGGCGGAAAGACCAUCUGACGCGUCAUGUCAAGAAGAGCCACUCGCAGGAGUUGCUGAAGAUUAAGACAGAGUCUCCAGAUAUGUUGGGUUUACUUGGGUCUGGUUCUCCACCUUGUGCUGUGAAAGAAGAGAUAAGUCCUAUGAUGUGUAGCAUGGGACCUACCAAGGACUCGAUGAUGGCAAAGCCUUUCCAUGGUGCCACCCCUUUUCCCAUGGGCAUGUACAACCCUCAUCAUCUCCAGGCCAUGUCUAAUCCGGGUGUGGGCCACCAUCAUUCACUGGUCCCAGGGUCUUUAUCCACUGCCAUGGGGAUGGGUUGCCAUAUGGAGUCCCCAUCAUCACUGCACCACCACCAUCCACAUCAUCAUCACCACCAUCACCACCCUCACCAUCAUCACCACUCCCCAUCUCCACACCAGCAGCAACCUCCCCUGCAAAACCAGCAACAGCAGCACCCUCAGCCACCGCCCAAGUACCAGCUCGGAUCUACCUCAUACCUGCUGGAGAAGCCCCUGAAGGUGGAGAUGGAGAGUUUCCUGAUGGAUCUACAGAGUGGACUCCAGGUUCCUCCGCCACCCUCAACCGACCCCCACUCAGCAGCUUCGCCCAAUAAGGAGGGUAUGGAACCUCCGGCGGGACUGUCGGAUGACCUUUGCGGGGACCCCCUCAUGUCCAAGAGCCCCGCUGUCAUCGCUGAGUCUUUGUGUGCUGCUAACAUGGACUUUUCUCAUCUGCUGAGCUUUGUUCCACUCAGUCUGCAACCCUAUGGUGCCCCCAUGAGUUCAGGAGGACUGGUCAUGGGUUACUCCACAUCCUCCACCGUUUCUUCCUCUUCUUCCUCAUCAUUGUCAGCAUCUUCGCAUGCCGCCGAACCACAUGCUGCCACAGCCACAGCUGCAGUGCCUCUUACCUCUUUGCAACCUCAACCUCAGGAGCAACCAGGCUCCGGUGGGGGUCUCGGUCUUGGGUCUCUGCACCCAUUCCCACCAGUGUUCAGCUCUAGCCUCAGUUCGACCACUCUGCCUCGCUUUCACCAGGCCUUUCAAUGAGGUCCCCACCCCAACCCUGGCCUGCCACAGGGGCUCAGGGCAGAGGAGCAUUAGUGCUCCCCCUAGGGGUGGGGAGGUAGAACACUUGAACACAUAGAAGCCUUAACAAAAGCGCACAACAGCUUUUAAAUGAGCCUGGAGGAAAACAAGCAUACGAAAUAUCAUGGAGCUUUUAUUUAGGCUGUCUGAAUAUUAGUUAUGAUUUUUUAAUACCCUUUUGAACCUCUCCCACCAUCCCCUCUCCUACAAUUUUGUAGUUAGAUAGCAGCAUCAUAGGCCGUAAGGCAUGGUACUGCAUACUUUAUAAAGUAAUAAUAUCAGUAGAAAAAGGAAAAGAUUAAUGUAGAAAAGAUAAUCUGUCUUUGAGACUCUGAAAGACUAGUUUGAAGUGAUAUAUGAAUUUCGUUUUCUUUUUCCAAAUGUAAGUCCUGACUUUGCUAUAUUGUCUCUAUUCUAUUAAGAUUAUAAGUCAGGUGAUAUCUGGUUGCCCUUAAACUUAAACCGUCUUCAUGGCCAGGAGUGGAAGAAUUAGUGAAGGAAUGAAGGAGUGAAAUUGGUUAUUCCAAAUUUUGAUGUUUAUUACUUCAUAUCUGGAUCGGUUAAAUCAUUAUUAUUAAAGAUUCACAUAUGAAUUUCAAAAGCAGUUUAAAAACUAACACCGUGCACCUGAUUAGAUGAAAAUAUCACGUUUUUGUGUUGAUAAUACAAAUUUACACUUGUUGGAAUGGUCAGUAUCUAGUUUUUAUGUGAAAGAAGCAGAGGGACUGAAAAUAGAAAGGCAAAGAGGGUAAAAAAAAAAAUUUGUUCAUUUGGUACAAUGUGAUCACGGACAGAACUAAAGCAAAAAAAAAAAAAGAAAUGACGUUAUCUUACAGGUUUACAAUUUUUCUCAAAAGAAGCACUUUGUUUACAGCAGAAGGCACUUGACCUCUUUGGGUUGCCAAGGUGACCCACUGAAAUCCCCUCCCUUUUCCCACUCUACCUUCACACUUCCUGAAAAGAGACUGCCAUUAGACACACACAUACACACACACAAAGUUCAAACAACCCAAGUACCUUUGAAUACUCCACAGCAAUCCGAGUCUCAAGAUGCUUUUUCUCCUUCCAGCACUAAUUUUAAGUCUCCGUGGCAACAAUAUCCCACAAGAUCAUGAUAUAAAUAUAUGUAUUUUAAGAAUAAAAAAGUAUUUUAGGUAGGUUUCUAUUUUAGAGAGAUACAUUGUAAUGAUAACCCUGGUAUAUGUGAAUGGAAAAAAGACUAAACAAAAACAAGAUUUGCAGUGUACGAAGUACCACAUCAAAAAUAUAUAUUAUAAUUGCUUCUUUUUCAGUACAUUUUGUAAUUUAGAUAGUUGUAUUAAAACAUUGCUGAUGGAUUUAAAAAAGAAAAAAUGUCUAGCAAGUUUACAGAAUGAUGUAUCUUGCAUCUUAUUGAAAAAUAUGGAUGAAGUAUUAGCUUUUCCCUAUAGCUUUUCCCGUUCUUUGUUUUUCCUUGUGAGUCAACAGAGAUGAAUAAGAUGAGAUUUUACCUGCAUAUAUUAGACUAAUAGUGGCAUAAUCCAUUAGAAUGGACUAGCCUUUAAUCUUUAGAGCAUGAACUAGAUGCCCGUAAUGUGAUCCAGGUUUCAGUUCGUGUAUUUUGUUCUCAGUAUUCGAUCAGACCUGACUCAUGCUGUCUAUUUGUGUGUACAGUUUGUAACCUCCACGAUCAUACACACCGUCGCACUGAAAUGUCUGAAACCGCAGUUCCAGUUGCUGUAGGUUCAGUUUAAUAUUACGAAAAAGUUUGAGGGGUUUUGUCAUACAGUCUCUUACAAGUUUCCAUUUCCCAGCAAGUGGACUGCACAAGUUCUUACCAAAUAAUCAUUCAUUACCAAGGGCCAUGUGAGGAAGAGUUGUGUGCAAAGAAACAGAUGAUGAUCAACGUACCAGCAGUGAAAGCAGUGCCUCAUACAAACAGAUGUAUUUCUCUCUCUCUCUCUCUCUCUCUUCACCUCAUCCCUUUAGCUAAAUCUGUUCUGUGUCCACAUCUGUGUUUAUAGUGAAUGUGAAUAUUUCACCAGCAGGAAAAACCAUAGAAAGGUAAAAGGCCACGUCGCAAAAAAAACUAAGACAAAACAAUAUUAUGCUGCUCUUUGUGCUGUGGUUGCCAGCAACCAUAGACCACUCUGGAAACAUUUUAACCUGCAAAUGAUCUUUUAGCAGAAAACAUGCACAGUAGUACACGUGAACUGUUUGUCCGUUUUCUCUGUUCUUCAGCUGCUUUGAUUGGAAUGAACAUUUUAUGAAAAGGGUCUGAAAAGAGACGCAAAGAAGUCACCAGCCUGGUCUUUGACAUUCAAAGCAUGGGACAUUUGAUUGGGAUAUUGCCUAGUCGUUUUGUCAUUAUAUUAUUUUCUGUUUGUUGAAACAGGACCUCAAAACAACACAACGCAUCACCUCAUUUAUUUGUUUUUUUUUUUUCAUAUCAAAAACCUGGGGAGAAGAAGCUUCGUUUUGCACAAUUGCUAUCUAAAGAAUAAUCGAGUUUUUGCUAGAAAUAAUUGUUUCAUAAAAAUAGUCAGUGGCUGAUAUUGAUAGGCAUUCAUUGAUUUUAUUUUUACAUGUUCACAAUAAUAAUAAUAAUAAUAAUAAUAAACAUUAAAAGUAAUUUAAAAUUAAUUUGAACAUAUUGACAUAGUUUGGCUUGAAGCUAUCAAAACAUAAUUUAUCACUUAUUUCUAAGAAAUAGGAAGAUAAAUGUUUAACAGAAUAAAAGAAGGCUAUUGGCAAUUUAUGAGUUUGUCCUCCCUGGGUUUUCUAUGAGCUGAUCUGAGUUCUAGCACUUUUAAACCUUUUAAAAAAAAGAGUAUUUUUCAGCCUUGUAUGUUUGUGUUUUUAAUUUUGUAUUCGAUCUUGUAUGUGCCAUUAGUUCAACGCGUAGAGAGAGUUUAUUAAUCUUUAUGUAACUGUUUCUUUCCCAAAAGAGUUAACAGUAUUUUAGAUUUUCACUAAUAUUAACAGCAUUGGCCCUUUUCCCACGCUGUCUUGUCAUACAUUUGAGGAAGUCAUUUAAUCUUAAAAUAGAUGUUAGAGGAACAUGCUCCGAAUCAUUCUCAGUGUCUGAAUUCUGAUUAAAUCAUCAUUGCCACAAACAAGAAAAAUAAAAAUAAAAAAAAGGUUUCCAGCUCCAUCUAUAACUGAGGUGUUUUCAAUCAGCAUUUCUUAUAACAUGCUGGCAGGUUCAACUGGUGUCAAAUUGUUCCCAGCUCUCUGCCCCCAGAACAGCACUUUUGGUUCAAAUGAAGUUUUAUGUAACAACUGCCUGGAUAGUUGGAGCUCAGCAUCUGAUUUUAGUUUUUAAACCAGCAAUAUUCUGCAACACAGACACAUUAAGCAAAUUAAAAUUGAUCUUUUCCUCUCUUGUUGCAAUGCACUUGUCCUUUACUCCCCAAAUACUAACAAAAAUAUUAAGGGAAAUUAUUAGGUAACCAAGCUAGGGUAAAACAAAACAAUCUGACUUUAAAGAAAAGGAAAAAUGAUUCAAUAAAAUGCUCUUUCGGCUUAUAGUGAGAAAAUGGGUACGUCCGCAGAGGACAAAAUCCACUUGUAGUUUGAUAUAUUUUAGCUUAAUGGGAGUCUUGCAUUCCAAGCUUUUUAUGUAACUUGUUUAGCGAUAUAGUCGUUCUAUUUUUAGUACUUGCUUAUUACCAUGACUUCUGGAGAAAAAAAAAAAAAGGUGAAAACAAAAAAAUGGAACAUUCAUCCUUACACUAUUUUAUAUAACAUGGAGAAGAUGAUUGACGGGACGAAUUGUACAAAAGAAUUGCAUAACGGAGACAAACUGUGCUUUUUUUUGUUACACUGCUCACCUGCGGUCAGUUGCUGCAUUGUAAAGUUGACAGAUUUGUAUAUUGGUUGAUCCAAAGAGAUGACAUUACAACAAACCUAUUUACUUAUUGUACAGUACAUUGUACCAUUUGACUUAUGUGUUAUGUUAAAAUGAUUAAAAGACGAACCCACGGUU